GUCACCCGAGCGACCAAUCGGCGUCCUCCCCCUCCCUCUCUUUUUCCGCGAGCGAGAUGGCGGCCAGCGCGGUGCGGAGGGGCCUUUUGGGCCCGGCGCGGAGGCUCGCCGGGUCGCGGCGUUUCAGCAGCGGGGGAGGCUAUCCGGGCACCCCGCUGACGGCCCCUCUGCCGGGGCUGCCCCAGCCCGCCUUCGCCGGCCUGGACGGGCCGGAGGGCUUCGAGACGGAGGUCAGCGCCUUGGAGGGCGGGCUGCGCGUGGCCUCCCAGAAGAGGUUCGGACAGUUCUGCACCCUGGGCGUCCUGAUCAACUCCGGGUCGAGAUACGAAGCCAAGUACCCCGGCGGGAUCUCGCACUUUCUGGAGAAGUUGGCCUUUUCGUCUACAGCUCAGUUUAGCAGCAAGGAUGAUAUUCUUCUCACGCUGGAGAAGCACGGAGGCAUUUGUGAUUGCCAGGUGUCAAGGGAUACCACAAUGUAUGCCGUUUCUGCAGAUAGCAAGGGCCUUGACGCCAUGGUCAGUCUCUUGGCUGAUGUGGUUCUCCAGCCCAGACUGUCAGAUGAGGAAAUCGAGAUGACUCGUAUGGCAGUCCGCUUUGAGCUGCAGGACCUGAACAUGAGACCCGAUCCAGAGCCGUUGCUGACCGAGAUGAUCCAUGCCGCAGCCUACAGGGAGAACACUGUGGGACUGAACAGGUUCUGCCCCGCAGACAACAUCGAGAAGAUUGACAGAACGGUUCUCCACUCGUACCUGAGGAAUUACUACACCCCUAACAGGAUGGUGUUGGCUGGCGUGGGGGUGGAACACCAGCAGCUGGUGGACUGUGCUCGCAAGUACUUCCUGGGUGCCGUUCCAGCCUGGGGAAGUGGGGAAGCCAAGGAUGUGGACAAGUCCGUUGCCCAGUACACGGGAGGGAUCCUGAAGCUGGAGAAGGACAUGUCAGAUGUGAGUUUAGGGCCCACCCCCAUCCCAGAGUUGGCCCACAUCAUGAUUGGACUGGAAAGCUGCUCGUUCCUGGAGGAAGACUUCAUCCCCUUCGCCGUCUUAAACAUGAUGAUGGGGGGCGGCGGCUCUUUCUCUGCUGGAGGCCCCGGCAAAGGCAUGUUCACACGGCUGUACCUCAACGUCCUCAACCGGCACCACUGGAUGUACAAUGCCACCUCCUACCACCACAGCUACGAGGACACCGGCCUCCUGUGCAUUCACGCCAGCGCGGAUCCCAGACAGGUCCGGGAAAUGGUGGAGAUCAUCACCCGGGAAUUUGUGUUAAUGGCUGGAACCUUGGGAGAGGUUGAGCUGGAACGGGCCAAGACCCAGUUGCGGUCCAUGCUGAUGAUGAACCUGGAGUCUCGGCCGGUCAUUUUUGAGGAUGUUGGGAGGCAGGUCUUGGCCACGGGAGGCAGGAAGCUGCCACAGGAGCUCUGCGUCCUGAUCGGCAAAGUGAGCGCCAGUGACAUCAAACGGGUGGCAACGAAGAUGCUGCGGAAGAAGCCGGCCGUCGCCGCCCUGGGGGACUUGCGGGAGCUGCCCAGCUACGAGCACAUCCAGGGCGCCCUUUCCAGCAAAGACGGGCGGCUUCCCAGGGUGUACCGGCUGUUCCGUUAAAAGUGGCAGCUGCCCCACCAAGACGCUUGGUUGAGACGAGCCGUUGCUUGCCAAGGAACUUCUCACCUGCCGGGAGGGCGGCCCUGGGCAUCGGAGGAGGGUGGUUGGCGGAGCCGUUUCCAGGUGCCUGUUCAAAUUCUGUUCAUCCUCAAGAUAACUUAUUUUGGGAGAUUCAAAACUUAAAUAAGAAGAUGGCAGGCCGGAUGGUUGAAGAAAGCUGCUCCUACACACCAGAUUGCUAUUUUGGUAUUCCAAAUUCCUGUCCUUGUUUGAUUGGUCUUGAAUGAAGGGACAAUGAAGUCUGGUGCAAUCCAUGGCGAAGAAUACUGAUAAAGAGAGUUAAUGAGGGUGCUACACCGUUGCAUGUUGGCCUUUGUUUCCAAAAUUAAGUUUAAACUAUGAGGGGUAAAUCAAGAGUGCAAUUGUAUUUUGAAUUUGGAGGAACAAAACUGAAUUUCAAGAUUGGUAGAUUUAUUCAGAGUCUACGUUGUGUCUUUAGUUGCGAUAAGACAGUUUUUGAAGUGACAUUUUUUCCCCGUUACGCUUGACCCAAGAUGAGAACUCUUCUCCUAUAAAUAGUCCUUGAAUUAGGACCAAAAUUUGCACCAGAA